AAAAUCUACCAAAACAUGUACUCUCUAUACCGAGCGUGGCUUUCAAUGAGUCCGGGAUGUUCUAUGCCAAAUGUACAGAGUGAUCUACAUUUAGAACCGUCUAACACUUCAGGCAGUCCGGAUGUUAAUCUACUCGUUGGUCCCUCUCUCACCCAUUUUUCCGCGCACAAACGAAUUCUUUCAUUCAACAGCGGAUUUUUCAAGGCCGCCUUGACAAAUCAUACAGGAUACGAACCCAUCACGGUUCCGAACGUGAACGUGGACGAAUUUUCAUCUCUGUUGACGUUUAUGUACACAGGCUUCUUGGACCUGAAUCUCACCAACAUCUACAACAUCCUUCUGGCUACCCAUAUCCUCCAUAUGCCCGGCGCCAUGGAGCUAUGUCGUAACUUCCUCAUUCACAACCAACAAAUCGAAACGCGUACCAACAUCAUCAAACCGGUCCCAAGCAGGAAAGCCAUUAUGCCCUUACAAGCGAUCGUACAUCCACCCCUUUUUGGUUGUCUUCGACAAUCGAGAGAUACAUCGUUCAAAAAUUUGAAAAACGAACUAUCCUCAAUAACAUCAACCAACGACUUUGCCGUCACCAGAACUCGUACAGAAGUCGAUUCUAAUGAUAAUAAUAACGACAAUCCUCUACAACACGCCAAAUCUUCAAGUGUCCGAGACAUGAAGCAAAAUGAAGAUCAUACAAUUCCUACAAGAUCGGCGAAGACAAAUGGAAGUUGUUCAAAAACAAAGAAAAAAACUGAAGCUAGCUCCACGCAUCACCAUCUGAACUCAAAACCCCUUCAGCAUAUAGAAGACGCAAGUUCCGGUAAGGAAAAGAAAUGUUCUUCCAAGAACAAGAAGAGACCUGGCAAUUUCGUAUCUACCGACGACAAAUUCGAAAUAGACGUGGCAUGCUGCGAUGGACCCGUACGUUUCCACAGGGUUUUAAACAAGAACUACGGACAGAUCCAGACCGAUUCAACAAACAACCCACCCAAACACCAUCAACACAUGUUGGUCUCGACCAAAAACGAAGCAAUCAACAGAAUAAUGAACGAAAACAUCAGAGAACAAAACAAGGACGACGCGGGUGAAGACAGGUCGAACUUUAGCGGAGACGUCUUCAAGUGUGUCUACUGCAAUCACACGUUCAAGAGUCAAUACUGUUAUCAGAAACAUGCCAGAAGACACUUGAAUCCGGUGCUGGAGUCGAAAGUUGUACAUAAGAAGGAGCAAGUGUCCACCAGCAAACGAGAAGUGAAGCUGCUCGAUCUGAACGUGCAAUAUUAUCCGUGUAAGAUGUGCGGUUCGAAAUUUCCCAGCUACUACUUCGUCCACAAACACAGAAAACUAUGUCAUUCGAAUGAGAAUGUCACCGACGAUGACGUAACAACAACAACCACGACCAUAAACGAUGCAGAACAGCAGAAAUCAGACAGCAAAGAGAACGAAUCCAAAGACGACAAUUGUGAGAAGAAAAGUGACAACGAGGAAAAUAAGUAAAUGCUGGAAUUGUAACUAACUAUUCGACAAAGAAAUGUUCAAUAAAUAUACUACAUAUCGUGGUCAUUUUGAUUAAAUAAUUUACUUAAAAAAUUUUUUAAUGGUAAAAAAACUAGUUAAGUCUGUACAGGGUAGAAAGCUUUGGCGAGUAUUAAGUCGAUAAUAUAGGUAAGUAAAGCAGCGUAGUUAAGGGAUAGAAAAAAUUGUAACGAUUUUGCAACCCGAAGCCGGCCCUGGACGUGAAUUGGCAACGUAUACAGAAAAUGCAACUACUUCGAUGAAAACUGUAAACAGUGACGGUUUUGGGAUGACUAAUAAAGUAAAUAUCAACA